AUGACAAAUAUAAAUAAUAUACCACCUAUUUUAUUAAGAUUGAUUAUAAGUUUUGUUAAGGAUAACAUUGAUAGAAUAUGUUUUAGUUUGACUUGUAAGCGAUUAUUUAAAGAAAGAGGUAGAUACUUCACAUUCAACACUGACAAUAUCAGUCUGGAGUCGAAUCGACACAAAUACAACAACAAUCAUCUCACAUCCUACAAAAAUCAAUUAUUCACUUCAUUGUUAUCAAAGAAUGAUUGUCGACUUGAAAUUGUUAAUACAGAACAAAAUAAAAGCUAUGAUUAUAAAAUAAUUCAAAUUAAUUUAAAUAGUUAUAACUCACUACCGAUAAAUUGUAAUUCCGUAACGCUGAAUUGUGAACUUGAACAAUCUAGUAUCGAGCAUCUCAGUCGUAUCCUACAAAAGUCAAGAGUGACGAGAAUAGAGAAUUACAUUCCACUCUCAAAGAAUCAACCGCUCUCCAACAAUAUCAAAUCGAUUGUGUGUGACAAUAUGUUUCGCACUAUGGAACCCGGUUGUUUUCCAGCAGGGCUCACUUACUUGGAGGUGGCAUUCCUCGAUCAUCCAAUCCAGUGCAAACUACUACCGAGCACAUUGAAAUCAUUGAAGAUCGACCGAUUCAAUCAUACUCUGACACCAGGUUGCCUCCCAGAGGGCCUACUGAAACUAGAGUUUGGACAAUACAACCAACCGCUAAUUCCAGGCACUUUUCCAGAGGGUUUGCAAGAGCUCACUUUUGGAUUCAUUCCUUCGUCCGUUAAAUUCCUAGAGAUUACCUCAACUAGCUAUCCGGCUUCCUUUCCCAAAGGAUCGAAGCUCGAUCUCGAUCAGUUGGUGGUGACCGGUCGUUCCCACUUGAAUUCGUCGCUUGCCAACAUCAAAGUGCGUCGUUUGAUAGUUGAAGGAUACACCUUUCAGAAAAAGAUGACGGUGUUCUCCGCCAGGUAUCCAUUGGGUAUAGAUAUGGUGCAAUUGAAAUUCUACGAUCAGACAUCGGUGCAACCACCCAGCCAACAGCUACUCGAGCGAAUCGAUCAGUUCCUCGAGCAGCUAAUAAAUUUAAUAUAUAUAUCAAUGCAAAUCUAUCUACCAUUAUAUAUACAAAGAAAAAUUAUUAGAUAUCUACUUGAUAGUAGUGAUGAGAUUGUCGAUGACAUCGAGAGUUAUGAAUUUAUAUACUUUAGAGCAUGGAUGUUACACGUUGCUUUGGUAUGCAAAGAAUGGUUUGCUAUGAUUUCAAGUAAUGUAAAUGGUUUGAAUGUUAUCAAUGUGAAAGGUGUAAAGGCCAGUCAAAUCAUACGUAGCUGGGUUAUUGGCAAACUGUCAUCCAAGCAUUCAAUCAUUCAAAAGUUACACUCUCUGGUGGUGGCUGAGAAAAGAAAUACUAUAUAUUCCACCAAAAAGAUGCUCGAUUGUGAUGAUCAAGGUUUAUGGGAUUGUUCUCCUCUUCGUCACAUCUCAUUGCGUGCCGAUCAAGACAAUGCAUAUAAUGAAAUCGAAUCGGCAAUGUAUACACUACUACUACCGUUCUACCGAUCGAUUCGUUCUGCCACGUUGUAUGGAGCCACUUCAUGUCGUGAUGACAUCGGUAAGAAAUUUGCGAUGGCGGUGCGUGAUCUGAAAAAUAUCAAAAAGAUAAAGAUUCUAGUGAAAACCAAUUUGCAACAGUCUCAGGUGGUUCCAGGAGAACAAUGGUCAAACACAUGGAGACUGCUAUCAGAGUGUAGCCAUCUGACUCAUGUAACCAUCGACACCAAAUGCGGCUGCAUGUUGGAAUUCGUUGACAAUUUCUUUUCGCAGCCGGAACUCGAAUAUUUGGAUAUUUCAGAUAGCUAUCGGUUUGUAUGGUUUGAAAUGGACGGACACGAGUCUGUACCAAGCGAGCUUUUCAACAGAAUCGCAGGUAACAAAACAAUCAAGACUUUCACAUGCAACGAUCAAAUGAUACAUAAGAUAACUUCACUACCACACAUACUAUUAUCAAAGAUAAUUGAGACAUUACCAAAUAUUGAUAAAAUCACUUUCAGUUUGGUUUGUAAGAGAUGUUUCCAAGAGAGAGAUAGAUAUCUAACACUAAGAGAUGAUAUCAUAAGAGGUGUCACAUCUAUCGAUCUCGAAAGUGUAUUUCAUCUAAACAAUUAUAAAUCUACUUUUCUAAAUAAACUAAAAAGCGAUAAAACAAAUAUUUUAUUGAUUCAAAAAAACGAAGAAAUAGAUAAUAUAAAUAUUAGAAACAAUAUCGAUUGUAUAUAUUUCUUAUGUACUUCUGUCAAUCUUGAUAGUCGAUUCAUUGAGAAACUUGCAUGUUCAAAUGUAACACCAGAUAGCAUAUUACCUCCAAAUUUAGAGGUAUUGGAAUGCACCACUCUCAAAUCGCCAAUUAGCAAUGACAUUGUGAUACCAUCUACACUUCAUAGAGUAUCAAUCAACUUUCAUAAUAUCGAAUAUUUCAAGCGGUGCACCACUAUCACAUGGAUGAAAUUGUACCAGUAUGAAUCACCAAGGUCAAUUCAACCAGGUGACCUCCCAUUAUCGGUAGUAGAUUUAACUGUUGUAUUUAAUAGUUCCAAACGCAAUCAAAUUAGAAAAGGUGUAUUUCCAUUAGGUUUAAAGUAUCUGGCGUUGUGUGGUGGCCCAAUUUCAAUUGAGCCUGGUGUCUUGUCUGAGCUAAUCAAUUUAGAAGAGCUUUCAAUAAAUAGUAUUCUCCAAGAAAACACAGAUGUUUUUUGUACCGAAAUGUUUCCUUCCAAACUAAGAAAAUUGAAUCUUCCAUUCAAUCUUUCGAGAAUUCCAAGUCAAUUUCCAAAGGAUCUCGCAAUUCUCUCAAUUGGUAACUCUUUUAGUUUUGAUUUCCCAGCUGGAGCAAUACCAGAUUCGGUUAGAUCAUUAGAUUUUCAAGAAUACAAAAGAAGAGUUGAACAAGGUGCCAUACCACCAACAGUACAAUCAGUGUCGAUGCAUAUUGAUUUUCUCCAAUAUAAUCCACCAACAACUCUUCCCAAGACACUGGUCGAUUUCACCAUUUUCGAAGGUACAAAUGGUCGUCACCGUCUUAGAAGAUUGGACAAUGAAUGUUUCUUGCUUCUUUCUAAUACCCGACAUCUAUUUGGAGGUAUCAUUCAUCAGUCCAAAUUCAAUGAAUUUAUUUCGAAAGUUCAAUCGCUAUCUGAACAACAAGAUGUUUGGAUAUCAUAA